AGUAUUCCUUUUGCCUUUGUUUAAUUAAAAGGUCUAAUAAUGAUUAUCUCAGCCUCUUCUGUAUUGAUUGGUGCAGAUUUAAAUAAAGGACAGUGAUUGGGGACAGUGGCUUGUACCUGGAGUCACCUCAUCAGUCCUCUCACAGUAACACUCAGCAGCCGGAGGUCCCAGUUAAGUUGUUGUUGUAAUUGAACACAGCACCGCUGUCUGUGCACCUUCAUAACGUUACAUGUUACUGUAGCUCCCGUCCGAGCCAAUUAAGCGGCCACCGAUGCACACUCUCCGUCACUUUGAGCUCCAGCACCGCGGCCGGUUGGACAGCGACCAGGCAGCGUCCUCAGCAUCACCGCGGCUCCGCCAAUCAGAGCGCAGCUCGGGGCAGAUUAACCCAAACAGCCCUGGUGCUGCUCUGUAGUAGCAGCCUCAGAAACAAGCCCCGUACCUCUGAUCCUCGUGGACCCAGUCUGGGGGCAGAUGGGCGGGCUGUUCGGUUAAACCGAUUCAAAAUAACAGGAAAUUCAUGACAGGCUCUUUUAAAAUUUAGCUCUCAAAGGCGGACCAGGUUGGAGAUGGAUGCUUGCUCGAUAAUAGGAGAAAGCACGGAUGCGAUAGUGAUGGAUGAUUCUCCUACAGAUGAAAGGGAAAUUCAGGAGGCUUGCCAAAGCGAGAUCCCGGCGGUUUCUCUGUGCCCUCCUGACAGCGAGUGCUCCGCCGAGGCCCCGUUGACAGUCAUCCAGUGUGAGGGGGAGCUGUGUGACAGCUGCAGCAGCCUCGGCAGACCCUCUUCCUCCUGCCAGCUUUAUCACCAAGUUCCACAGGGUCCUCGAACCAGCGCCUACGACUCACCACAGCCCCGAAAAUGCCCCCACUGCAGCCAUCACGGGCCGAACAAACUGAGCAGUUGCCACGACUGUCAUUCAAACACAACGGGCUCUCACGCUGAGGGAGGCGCGGUGGUCAAAGUGGGACACGGCUGCAGCUCCAGACACCAGACGUCGCGUCACAGCGCGGUGAGAUGCCACUGGCUGCAUGGGUCAAACGAAAGCGGGGCGCAGAAGCCAACACAGAGACAUGUGGUGACAGUAAGGGAUGGUGGACUCUACUGCAUCCUUAGAAAUUAUUCCCAGGUGAUAGUGGACUACCCGUUAGCGGUGUUGGUGGGUUGUGCCGUGCUGCUGCUGGGAUGCUCACUGGCUGGGCUUUUCAUCGGUCCACUUCCUGACUUCUCUGACCCACUGCUGGGUUUUGAGCCCCGGGGAACUUACAUUGGAGUUCGCCAGUCCAGCUUGUCCCAGCUGCAGGAGAACACUGGCCCGGGGAAAACUCUGUCUCCAUUACCACAGCAGCUCAGUAAAAGUUUUGGAGAUGCUGUCAAUGGAGACAGUGGCGGCAGCCAAGGCACCUCCAGACUUCGCAUUAAGAGGAUGCUGGCCAGAGACUCAUCUCCAGACACCUUUCUCUGUGAUGCUCCAGGCGAGCGUUUGGCUCAGCUGGUGUUCCGAUCAGAAAACUCAGCCAGUCUCUGGAGCCUGAAGGCCAUCCACGCCAUGUGUGAGAUGGAGCAGUCCAGGAUUCGCUCCCAGGCUCAGUUCCAGGACCUGUGCCAGCAGCAUGUGAGGAUGGAGGCUGAGGGAACAUCCAGAAGUGGCUGUUGUCCGAGCUGGUCUCUGGGGAAUUAUUUGGCUGUCCUCACUAAUGCCUCCUGCUGCCUCAGCCUCACCUCACACCAGGUUUCUGAGUCUCUGAACCUUCUACGGAAGUGUGCUCUGUACUAUCACGAGGGACAUCUAGUGGAAGCCUGUGUCGACAGACCUAAACAUGGCAGCUGUUCCUCUGUCCCGUCCCGCUGCAAACAAUCCCGCGUGGUGUUUCAGAUCCUGCACUUCCUCGUUGAUAAAGACUUUCUUGGUCCACAGACUGUAGAGUACCAAAUCCCGACGCUAAAGUACAGCCUCCUGUUCCUGCCCGUCGACAAGGGGGAGCACAUGAUGGAGAUAUACAUGAACAGUCUUGAGGGCAGGGACCUGACCUACAAUAACACGACUAUCACUGGCAUGGACUUUGGCAUCAAGCAGACCCUGUUCAAGCACUACCUUGCGAGAGACUCAGUAUAUCCUGUACUAGCUGUUGUUUGUCUUCUUUUCACUAUGGCUCUGUAUCUCCACUCUCUCUUCAUAGUAGCAUUAUCUGUAAUAACAAUCACAGGCUCCCUCCUGACCUCUUACUUCUUCUACAAAGUAGCAUUUCGCCUGACUUUCUUCCCCCUGGUCAACCUCUCUGCUGCUCUUAUUCUCUUAGGAAGUUGCUCCAAUCAGGUUUUCAUCUUUGCUGAUUUCUGGAAUCUGCAGCUAUCCCAGAACCCCUCGGCCUCCCUGGAGAAGAGAGUACACAGAGCUUUGCAGGAAGUCGGCUAUUUGAUUUUAGCAUCCGGCUUGACCUCAAGUGCAGCAUUUUUCUCUGGUUAUCUCAGCAGCAUCACGGCCAUCAGAUGUUUCUCUGUUUAUCUCGGAACUGCCUCUCUCAUCAGCUCACUCCUUGCUUUGGUGUGGCUGCCAUGCUCUUUCGUUCUGCGGGAGCGCUACACGGAGGCAUCCUCCGCAUCUCAAGCAGCGCAGGGAUGGAAACCAUGCUGCUCCAAAAACACUGGCGGCUUCUGGGACACGAGCUCACGCAAGAAAUGCCUCUUCGCUCUCGGCCAAAAGCUGAGAGAAUUAAAACGAGGGCUAACGGAUACCUCAAAUUUAUUAUUUCUGAAAAUCUUGCCUUGUGGAGUGGUAAAGUUUAGGUACAUCUGGGUGUGCUGGUUCGCGGUGCUCGCGGCUGGAGGCACGUACAUGUCCUGCGUUGACCCAGGCAUGAAGCUGCCAAGCUUAGACAGCAAGGUCACCCAGCUUUUCCGUUCCAGUCACCCCUUUGAAAGAUACGACGCAGAGUAUCGCCACAUGUUUAUGUUUGAGAGACAGAGAAAUGGAGAGGAUAAGCCCGUUACAUUAAUGCUCGUAUGGGGUGUCAAACCAUCAGAUAACGGUGAUCACUUUGACCCUAAGAGCAAUGGCUCUUUAGUUCUUGAUCCAACCUUUAACAUGAGCCAACCAGAUGCUCAGGUCUGGUUAAGGGACAUUUGUGGAAGAGUCCAGAACCAAAGCUUCUAUUCCCCUCCACCACCGGAGGAUAGAAAUGUUAUGACAGACAAUAUCUGUCUUGUGGAGCAGUUAAUACACUGGGUAUCUGUCAGACGGUGCUCAGAGAGCGAUGACGCCCUCCACUUCUGCUGUAAUGACAUCCCUUUCCCCUACCCUCCCAGUGUUUUUGAGAACUGCCUCAGUAUGAUGCUGGCAGAGAGGUACACUGAGGGCCAUCUGGCCCACAGUGGAGGCCUGUACUUCCAGCCAGAUGGCAGGGUCGCUGCCCUCGUGUUGGCAUUCAAAACCACAUACCUCUACAGCUUCAACUUCAGCAGAACCAGUGUUUUUUACAGAGAAAUCCUGACAUGGUUUAACAGAGAAAUAUCAGGAGCGCCGCAGGGGCUGGAGAACGGCUGGUUCAUCAGUCAGCUGUCUCUUUUUGACCUACAACAGUCCUUAAGCUCAGAGACUCUGGUUGUGGCUGGCUUCUCAGUAGCUCUCACAUUUAUUUUGCUUCUUCUAACCACCUGGAAUAUCCCACUGAGCAUAUAUGGGACUAUAGCUGUAGGAGGCAGCGUGUUUGUCACAGUCGGCCUCCUGGUUCUUCUUGAAUGGCAGCUGAGCGGCAUCGAGGCUCUGUUUAUAUCAUCAGCAGCAGGGCUGUCUGUUGACUUUAUAGCUAAUUACUGCAUAUCCUACAGCUUGGCUCCUCAUUCAGACAAAAUUGGGAAAGUAGCACACUCCACUAAAAGGAUGGGAUGCCCUGUAGCAAUAGUUUCUGGUGCGUUCUUCUCCAUGGGGAUCAUCAUGUUGCCUGCCACAGCCUUGCUGUUCAGAAAACUGGGGAUUUUCCUGUUUCUGGUCAAAUGUGUAGCAUGUGGAUUCGCAACCUUCUUUUUCCAGUCCCUGUGCUGCUUUUUUGGACCCCAGAAAAACUGCGGAAAGAUCACACUGCCGUGUUUUUCAGACCAGACCGACGGCGUGCUGUCUUCGUGCUCUGCGGCCGAGCCUGGUUCCUCCUCGGCUGCUAAUGGGGCCUUUGGCAGAUCUAGAGUGAGGAGGAGUUAUGACAAAGAAGCAGGUGGCUAUCUCUACCCCAACCACCGUCAGCAUAGACAGAAACAGACUGGCGGGGGAGGUGGAGGUGGGGGCAGAGGGCCGGAGCAGUACGAGCUUCAGCCGCUGGCUUAUCGGCUGAGCGACAGCUUCGAGAACAGCACCUGCACCAGCAAACUGUCCAACCGGCCCUCCGUGCUCUCUGAUGAGAUCGAAUAUUGUGGGGAAGAUGUUGGAGGAAACAGUGUGAAUGGGGAGAGUGAGGAGAUGUGCGGUCGUCAACAUAAGAUCUGCCAGCCACCUCCAGCCCUCCAGACUUCAUCUCCUUACAAAGAAAACACCCUGCGGCCUGUGGGUCUGGCACAAGAGGACUUCGCUAAAGACAAGCUGCUGUGUAAGACGUGCAGAGGCCAGUCUGGCGGAGUAAAGCACUGGGCCAAUACAUCCUUCUCUUCAUCCUCCAGCAUCCAGGAGACUAUAACCAGCCACACCCUGGAGACCACUGACCAGCCAUCUCUCUGCAAAGAGGACCACGCCGCAGAGGAGUGUCUCCACUCUCACAAAGGGCACCGCUUCUCCCAGUCACAGAGCUCCUGCGAGGGUCUGGAGGAUUCCUGUGAAACAUGCCUCAGUGACAUCGAGCCUGGGCCUUCAGACACACAGGAACACGAAGGACAAAGAGAGGCUCAGUUACAACCAGGAUACCUAAACGGGAAGAGAGACACGCUUCGUCUCUCACUGAAAGAAACUGUUUAUGAGACUUGUAAUAAGGGCCGCACCAGUCAGAGUGAAGAAGUGGUUAUUUUACCAAACAGUAAGCCAGACUUACCAGAUGUCUGGAUAAAGAGAGAUGGAAAACGAGAGGAUACGUGUUGAGCAGAGAAUACACAAGCAUAUAGAAAUUGCAAAAGCAGCAAACACUGUUACUUUUGUAUAAUACUCAAAGGAAAUAUAAGCCAACUGCAAAUGUAACAUGUGACAGCAUGUUUGUCUAAUGUUGCUGCUAAGGUUGUCAAUUUCUGUUACAAAUGAGGUCAAAGCAUGAGUGAAAAGGUCAAAUCAAAGCAUGACUUGUUCAACCCGGCAUUUUCAGGAAGACAAUAAAAGACAAAGCUUUCUGUUCUGCCACAAUUUUGCACCAGUGUCACACUUGAAGAAAUUAUGGCUACAGUAUGUUGUCAGCAAAAAAAACAAAAACAAAAAACAAA